AACUGCAUUCGGACCCACAGUGGACUCAGGCAACGUCCAAGGAGUUCGAGAAUCUCCUUUUGCUUUUGAUUCUAUAUCUGCAUGAGAAACUUUCUUCAGCCCCUCAGCCGAGAACUGCACCCCUGUACCUCGCUGCCUAAGCUGCCUGACACGCUGAAGUCGUUCACACUGUUUAGAGAUCUGUUUUCAACCUCUCAUUCGGCAAAGCGGCAACCUUACAGGUCAGAGAGAGCUACUUCUGGCUUACUCAUACAAAGGCCUUUCUUGGUAUAAAGGCCUGAGUACUCGAGCCACAAUUUCAGCACCUACAACCUCGACAAUACCGAACUCAACGACCACCAACCCAACCACCGCAUAUCUCAGUAUGACUGGAACCAUCCUCCUCACCGGCGGCAACGGCAAGACCUCCUCGCGGGUCGCCAAGCAACUGAACGAUGCCGGGGUCCCUUUCCUCAUGACCAGUCGCAACCCUCCCGCCUCCCCCAAGUUCCCCACCGUUCGCUUUGACUGGCUCGACGAGUCGACGUACGAGAACCCAUUCAAGCAGGCGUCAGACAUCUCAGCGGUCUACCUCGUCUCCCCGCCAAUCACGGACGUCCUGCCGCCGAUGUCGCGCUUCAUCGAGCUCGCGCGCAAGCACGGCGUGAAGCGCUUCGUGCUGCUCGGCGCGAGCCCCAUCCCGCGCGGCGGACCGGGAAUGGGCAAGGUGCACGACUACCUGGCGAGUGUGGGUGUGGAGUGGGCAGUCCUGCGCCCGACGUGGUUCCAGGAGAACUUCUCCGAGCAGCAGCACCGCGGCACGAUCCGCGACGAGGGGAAGAUCUACUCCGCGACGCAGGACGGGAAGAUACCCUUCGUGUCCUGCGAGGACAUCGCCGCUAUGGCGGUUCGCACCCUCACGGACGAGAAGUCGCACGACACUGAGUACUUCGUCCUGGGGCCCGAGCUGCUCACAUAUGAUGAGGUCGCUCAGAUCCUCACCGAUACCCUCGGCAAGCCCAUCACCCACGUUAAGGUCUCCAAAGACGAGAUGCAGGCCAAGUUCAUCGCGCUCGGCGUCCCCGCGGACUACGCGCCCAUCCUCGCGGGCAUGGACGUGGCAAUCUCGAAGGGGUCGGAGGCCAGGCUCGACGACGCGGUCGAGCGCGUCACUGGCCGUAAGCCGAAGAGCUUCAAGACGUUCGCGGAGGAGGCGAAGCAGGCAUGGCUGUAAUUGGAUUGAAUAGAGUAUAGUUAUGUUCUAUUGCGCCUGUAGGGAUAUCUUGAAGUCGAAGAAUAUAGUCAAGACCAUACGGGAUCGAAUAGAGCUCGGGGU